UAAUAAGGUGUCGUAAUGUCAUGUUUCCGAAUCUUAAAAAAGGGGUUGUGGUCUCAACUCAAAGGCCGCAGGUCCUUUCCUAGCCCUCUCGCUGCCCCUUCCGAAAAGGCAAAAGCAAGGGGACAUGUGAAAGUUGACAACGAUGCUCCCUCCGUGAAAUCUUUUAUAGACUCCGUAACCCUCAGGCUGUCGGUGAGUUUACCUCCGGUCACCCCGCCAGUAAUAAGGCAAACCCUUUUUAAGAAUUAAUUCUAUCCUAGUGGGAUCUCUUGCAUUGCGUUUGGAUGUCACGGUUAAGCAUGUCAUCCAAACACGUCCUUCAAAAGAUCAAAGAGAAUUAAAGCAAGACCCGAAUGUAUGUUCAUAAAGUAAAGCUUGUCUGAUCUAUCGUUUUCUUCGUUUCGAAGACCUUUUCAGUUUUCCCAAUUACAAGAUCUGUUCUCGUCCCAUACCUGUCGCUACUGACAGAUUUAUCUUAGGUAUCAGCAGUCCCAAGUUAUUUUUUCACUCCGUGGGCGGGACGGACCCAACUUGUAGUUGUACGCCUCGUAAAACCGACGCUAAAGCGCAUCUCAAGAAAGACUUCUCCGCAAGUGGAGCUUCCUUUUUGUAGGGGAGAGAAACGUUCGGCCCCCACAAAGCCUGGAUAGAAUUAGGGGCGUGCCAUUCCCAGGGCCAGAAACAGUUCCAGUACGGGGCACGUACACAUGUUGAAAGUCGGGACGAAAUUAAAGUUCAGGGGCAGUGAAAAGCCCAUGUCAUCUCUGACGAGCGCGACUGCGACUCUUUUCUCCGUAUCGCAGCAGCGUCGCGACUGGACUUUUCGAUUUUGUCAUGGUUAGAGGGGGAAAAACUUUUUGCGACGCUUUUAGGGGUUGAUGUAGGGAUCGGGAUUAGACGGACGGGUUGUGCGAUGCGUUGAUGGAGAGAGAAAAACAAACACGACGACUGGCUGAGAUCAGCAGGAGCCACAGGUGACGAUGAGUCCUUAAUCCGGCGACGGACGGGACUCGUGUCCAGGACGGCCGGGUGGCCGAUGAAAGGUCAAAAACCACCGACCUAUUUUUACCCGCUCACCUGCGAACGCGUCCGAACCAUGCGAGCCAUCCACGUCCCUGCUCCCUCCCAGCCUUCCCACGUGCCGAAAGCUUCCCCGUCACCCUCAGCCCUCACCUCUACCACGUGCCCACUCCAUCGGUCAUGUACAUAGAGACUAAGCCGAUUUUUUUCAGACGUAUAUAUAUAUAUAUAGGUGUGGAGAAAGGCCGGCUGAAGUAACGUAUGGGUGGAAGGGUGGGAGGGGUAUUUCCCAAUUGCAGUUUGACGGCAUUUUUUUCUUCAUGGGUGCCAGUGCGCCAUAUGCAGCUUUUCCCACAAUUCAGCACCAUGACCACCGCCCUCCAACUCUCUUCAAUUCAUGGCGAUCGGAGACGAAUUUUACUGGAAAAAGAGAAGCGGUUUGUACUUCGAGAUGCGGGAAUUCGGUGGAUCGCUCCAUCUCUGCAUCAUAUUCUGUUCCAUUGAGUGCUGGACGCACCAUGCCGUCGACUGCCACCACGCCAUCGUGUUCUUCGUCGUGGAGAUUGAACCCGUUGCAGCGUCUGGCAGCGUACGCGUUGGAUGCUCUCGAGCACGGGAUCAUCGAGCCGAUGGAGAGGUUGAGCGCCAUCCCGAAGAGCGCGGACCCGGCGGUGCAGCUCGCUGGAAACUUCGCACCCGUGGCCGAGUGCCCGGUGCAAGACGGGCUGACGGUGGAAGGACGGAUCCCGGAGGGUCUGGCGGGAGUUUAUAUGCGGAACGGCGCCAAUCCGGCGUUCGCGCCAUCAGGCCGCCAUCACCUCUUCGACGGGGACGGGAUGAUCCACGCUGUGACCAUACGGCCCGACGGUGGGGCGAGCUACUGCUGCCGGUUCACCAGGACGAACAGGUUCGAGCGGGAGAGGGAGGCGGGGCGGCCGCUCUUCCCGAAGGCCGUCGGCGAGCUUCACGGCCGUUCCGGCGUUGCCCGAUUGUUGCUCUUUUAUGCCCGGGCGGCCUCAGGAAUCGUCGAUGCCGGGCGCGGCGCCGGAGUCGCGAACGCGGGGCUCGUCUUCUUUGAUGGCCGGCUGCUUGCGCUCUCGGAAGAUGAUGUUCCAUACCACGUCCGCAUCGGUAGAGACGGUGAACUGGAGACCGCAGGCCGGUUCGACUUCUCCGGCCAGCUCUCUUCUGCAAUGAUCGCCCACCCGAAGGUCGACCCCGCCACCGGCGAGCUUUUCGGACUUGGUUAUGAUGUCGUUCGGCGACCGUACCUCCGGUACUUCGCCUUCGACUCUACGGGCCGAAAGGUCUCCGACGUUCCGAUAGCUCUCGAAGAACCGACGAUGAUCCACGACUUCGCCGUGACGGAGAGGCUCGUCGUCGUACCGGACCACCAGGUGGUAUUCCGACUAGGAGAGAUGCUCCAAGGAGGAUCACCGGUCGUGCUCGACAAGCGCAAGGUGGCCAGGUUUGGGCUCAUGCCGAGGUACGAUACCGACGCAAAACGACUGAGGUGGAUUGACGUACCAGGCUGCUUCUGUUUCCACAUAUGGAACGCAUGGGAGGAACCGGGCUCCGGCGAGGUGGUCGUCAUCGGCUCCUGCAUGUCGCCGGCCGACGCGAUGUUCUCCGAUUGCAGUCAGCCACUGCGGACGGAGUUAACGGAGAUUCGGCUCGACAUCAAUACCGGCGAGUCGAGGCGGAGGUGUCUCGUACCGGGCAUGAACCUGGAGGCAGGUCAGGUGAACCGGAAGCGUCUCGGGAGGAAGGCAAGGUACGCCUACCUUGCGAUCGUCGAGCCGUGGCCAAGGUGCUCCGGCAUCGCGAAGGUCGAUAUGGAGACGGGCCGUGCAGAGAAGUUCCUGUACGGCAACUGCCGGUUCGGGGGCGAACCUUGCUUCGUUCACGACUCGGGAGAGUCGGCUCGGGAGGACGACGGCCACCUCGUGACGUACGUGCAUGAUGAGGUGAAGGGGCGGUCCGAGUUGCUGAUCAUCAAUUCGGCGACCCUAGAGAAGGAAGCGGCAGUGGUGUUGCCGUCUCGGGUGCCGUACGGUUUCCACGGCACCUUUGUAAAUUACGAGGAUCUGGGCGGCCAAAAGUUCAGCUGAAAGAAAAGAAGCACAAGUUCGGUAAAGAUGACAGGGAAAGUGCAACUGAAAAGAUGGGGAAAAAAAGAAUCGCUGACUGAAUAAAGUGCCCAGAUUUUGUAAAAUUUGGAUUCCUGGGUGUUUGUUGCACUCAAUUAUCCAGAUAACAGAAAAAAGAUGAGACACAUUGAGAAAAUGGUGGAAGACCUUUUUAGCUCCUUAUUUCUGAAUACGUGGAAUGAGAAGUGCCUCGGAAACGUUCUGCAUAUAAGGAAUCAAACGCCGUAUAAGCAAUUAAAUGCCACCAAGGAUAAGCACAAAGGUUUCACAAAAGCGUCGAUCCUUAGUGUGGUCCAGAGAAGCAAAUGGGUCGGAUUUUAUCAUUUUUAGGUACACAGGCCUAAUCUUAACUCAAAUGCGGUCAGCUGUCGCGGUGGGGCCAAACGCAUAUGGUCAUUACCCCUACACCCAAAAGGCAAAGUCGAAAAAAUCUGGAGCAAGUGCCCCCAUCAGACGGUCAAUCUUUUACCUCAACCGUAGUCCCGUCUGCCCGCUUGAAACAAGCACUGUUUAAACUUUGUAAAAUCUAAAGUAAAGGGGUGUAGCUCUACCAAGUGGCAAGGUGCCUAGAAUCUCGUGGUUUUUGUCAUACUUUUAGGUUUGAGACGAAAUUUCAGUCUUGUGGUCGCUGUCAUAUUCUAAUGUGU